CUCUACUAUGUAGUAUAUAGAGAAAAAUUAAAAGUAUGCCUCAACACGUUUUGGGAUCCAUCGUAUUCAUAGCACUUUAACGUUGAACUUCGAGAGAGGAAAAUGAACAGAAGAGCAUUUGAAAGUCACAAUCUUUACGACAACGAUUUUCUUUCACAUCCUCUCUUGCUGUGUACACACAUGUGUUCCGGAAUUGUGCAUGGCAUUCUGGAAAUUUGAAGGAUUGACAACUCCCACACCACUCUCCAGGAGUCCAGUGUCUCCGCUCUCGUGUAGAGAUUGAGUAGAGAGAGGGUCGUUAUUUUCACAAAUAUAAUGAUAAAACGUGUUUACUUUAGAUUUUACAAUAUAUAUUUAUUUUAAUGCAAGCGAAAUCCAUUGUUGAAAUUGCGAGUCGACAGCGACCGAAGCAUCUUGUUACAACUGCCAGUAUCCGAAUACAUUGCCGCCCAUACGCAACAAGUAUUCUGAGAAAAAAUACCAUUGAGGCGCCAGCAUCAUACUUGUCUUAGCCUACCUGUUGCCAGUAUAGUUCCAGCCCAAACCACUCAAAACAAAUAUAAUCAUGGAACUCGAAGGGUUUUGCUAUUGUGAAAGGAUCCGUUUCAGAAUCGAGCUCAAAAGUGAUACAGAGGUUGUGCCUCUAUAUUGCCACUGCGAAUCAUGCAGACGAGCUCAUGCAGCACCACUGUAUCAGAUUGUAUAUAUCCCGCCGGACUGCUUUGUAGUAACUGAAGGCCAAGAUCUACUCUCGAGUUUUCUAAAGAAUGUGCGGUGCGAGCGCUUUUUUUGCACAAAUUGCGGAUCGCGCAUCUAUAACCAGCUCCAUGGGUUUGUAGAGGGCUCCAAAACAAACGGUAAACUGGGAAUAUUCCCUGCUUUACUGAAUGAGGAUAUACAACACAAAUUACCCAAAUUGUUCCAGCCAAAUGUACAUCUAUACAGCAACGAGGCUGUUAUUGAUAUGGAGACUCUCAACGACAAUAUUAGAAGACACACUGACUGAAAUUCUCGAGUCCGAUAUUAUAUGGGUGACCUAUUCACACUGAAUAGAAACAUAUAUUCAAGUGUGUACAUAUAUGGCUGCACUGUUCUGAAAAGUGAGGGGACACGUGAGAGUGUAUUGGCAUAAUUGCGUCACGUACACAUUGGCCGCAGGGCUUAACAACGCUCCAAUCAAAAUAUUAAAUGGAGAGAAAAUUAAGCCGAAGUAUCUUUGAUAUCACGCAGAAGAAGCAGGUUUGACAGCAACAAUGCUUCAUAGAUAUGCAAUAUCAGUUUGUAUAUGGAUCAAUGUUGGUUAGAAAGAAUACGCGAUAUUUGCCCCUGCACGUGUACGAAGUAAUUGACCAGACUGCACCCUUAAAACAAGUCAACUGCAAUCUGAAUCAGCACAAAGUAGCUGCAGUGUCAGAUGCUGCUUUGAGUAACUCGAUAAUAUAGUCACAACCAGUUGCUCUUUCUUUAUUUCGGAUCUAAUUGAAAUAAAGAAAGCUUGUGAUCUGUGAGUUGGAUUCAUU